CUUUACAAAUCGUCUAGUAAUGCCGAGCUUCAUUAUUCAUCCACAGCACCGCCGGAAGCAUUCGAAAUUCCGCUAGAUGACGAAAGCCCGGACGAAAGUCUUAUCAAAAAGCACCCCCCAAAACGCCUCAAGCGGCUGGAAGAGACCUCGUCUAAUACACCGAGCCUUGAGGAACUGGAGGAGAAGCUUGCUACCGCCGAAAUGAGACGCCAACUGUUUUUGGCUAGCCGUGUCCAGAAAACCACCACUGUGGAGUACUCGGAGCUGGAGGAAAAUUUCCACGUCCCAUCGGUGAUCGAGGAGGAAGACGAAAGCGAGGAAGCGGACGAAAACGGUUCCACUAACACCGUCGAGGUCAACCCCGAGAAGGAGGAGCAACGAAACGAGACUUGCAAAAAUGGUUGAGGCUGUUGAGGAAUGAAACAAGAAUUACUUUUUUUAUUAAACAUACAUUUAUUUAUUAAUCUUUUCAUUAUAUACUUUUAUUUCUUGUUCAUAUAUAGAUCAUUUGAACCUAAUUUGUCACAUUAUCAAUAAUAUUAAUCAAUAAUCAAUCAAUAAUCAAUUAUAAUGAUAUUAAUUAUAAUAUUUUUGGCAUACCCGUAUAAUACUUUUAUAAAAUAAACACUUCCAUUUAUUUUGCUCUGUGUA